ACUUCCUCGUUUCCCCCUUUCACUUCCGGCGCUGGGUUCCGCGGCUGUCCGGGCGGCCCAAGAUGGCGGCGCGCUGGAGCAGCGAGAAUGUGGUGGUGGAGUUCCGGGACUCGCAGGCCACGGCCAUGUCGGUGGACUGCCUUGGACAGCAUGCGGUGCUUUCUGGGAGGCGCUUCCUUUACAUUGUGAACCUAGACGUGCCUGCCGACGGCCACCGCAAGAUCGCCCGCCAGAGCAAGUGGGACAUUGGAGCCGUGCAGUGGAACCCCCACGACGGCCACGCACACUUCUUCGCUGCUUCGAGCAACCAGCGAGUUGACCUAUAUAAAUGGAAAGAUGGGAACGGGGAAAUCGGCACCUCCUUGCAAGGACACACGCGGGUGAUCAGUGAUCUGGACUGGGCGGUGUUUGAGCCAGACCUGCUGGUUACCAGUUCGGUGGACACCUACAUCUACAUUUGGGACAUCAAAGACACUCGGAAACCCACGGUCUCCCUCUCUGCAGUCGCUGGAGCCUCCCAGGUCAAGUGGAAUAAGAAGAAUGCGAACUGCCUGGCGACCAGCCAUGACGGAGACGUGCGUAUUUGGGACAAGCGGAAACCAGGCACCGCGGUGGAGUAUCUGGCGGCGCAUCUCUCUAAAAUACACGGCCUGGACUGGCACCCCGACAACGAAAAUGUUUUGGCCACCUCCAGCCAGGAUAACUCUGUCAGGUUCUGGGAUUACCGGCAACCCCGAAAAUACCUCAACAUCCUAGCCUGUCAGGUUCCGGUCUGGAAAGCGAGAUACACGCCCUUCAGCAACGGGCUGGUGACGGUCAUGGUGCCCCAGCUGCGAAGGGAGAAUAGCCUGUUACUCUGGAACGUCUUUGACCUGAACACGCCGGUCCAUACCUUUGUCGGACACGAUGAUGUGGUGCUGGAAUUCCAGUGGAGGAAGCAAAAGGAAGGGUCCAAAGACUACCAGCUGGUCACCUGGUCGCGGGACCAGACGCUCCGGAUGUGGCGUGUGGACGGCCAGCUGCAGCGGCUGUGCUCUAAUGAUCUCCUGGACGGCGUGGAGGAGCUGAUGGAUGGCAUUUCUCUCCUACCCGAACCUGACAAGGCUCUCCCUCCCCACGAUGCUGAGCCCCAGCAGAACUCCAACCCGGGAGAAGACGAAGCCUCAAAAGAAGAGUCCCAGAAAAGCCUCCUCGUGGGGAAAAAGCUGGACCAGCUUGGGCUGCCCCAGACCUUGCAGCAAGAAUUCUCCCUCAUCAACGUCCAGAUCCGAAAUGUCAACAUGGAGAUGGACGCCGUGAAUCGCAGCUGCACGGUUUCAGUCCACUGCAGCAACCACAGGGUCAAGAUGCUGGUGAUGUUCCCCGCCCAGUACCCCAACAAUGCUGCCCCUUCCUUCCAGUUUGUCAACCAGACCACCAUCCCUUCCACCAUGAAGGCCAAGCUGCUGAAGAUCUUGAAGGACACGUCCAUGCAGAAGGUGAAGCGGAACCAGUGCUGCCUGGAGCCCUGCCUGCGCCAGCUGGUCUCUUGCCUGGAGUCUGUUGUGAACCAGGAAGACAGUUCUUCUGCCAACCCAUAUGCCCUCCCAAACUCCGUCACACCGCCUUUGCCGACUUUCGCCCGGGUCUCGAAUGCCUACGGUUCCUACCAGGAUUCCAACAUCCCGUUCCCACGGACCUCUGGAGCCAGGUUCUGUGGGGCAGGUUACUUGGUGUACUUCACACGGCCGAUGACGAUGCAUCGUGCGGUCUCGCCUACAGAACCAACUCCCCGAUCCCUGUCGGCCCUCUCCGCCUACCAUAGCGGUCUCAUCACUCCCAUGAAGAUCCGGACGGAGACACCCGGCAACUUGCGCUUGUACGGCGGGAGCCCCACCCGCAGCGAGAAGGAGCAAGUCUCCAUCAGCUCCUUCUACUACAAGGAGCGGAAAUCAAGAAGGUGGAAGAACAAACGAGACGGGGUGGAUGCCAGCAGCCGACCCAUCAAAGCUGCCGGGAAAGUGAUCAUUCAGGACAUCUCCUGCCUGCUCCCAGUCCACAAAUCUCUAGGGGAGAUGUACACACUGGACGUGGCCGACAUUCGGGAGACGUGCCAGAAGAACGCCGCCUCUGCACUGACGGUGGGCCGGAGGGACCUCCUGCAGGUCUGGUCCCUGGCCACGGUGGCAACAGACCUCUGUCUCGGCCCCACCUCCGACCCCGACUUAGAGACGCCCUGGGCCCAGCAUCCCUUUGGCCGUCAGCUCUUGGAGUCUCUGGUGGCCCAUUACUGCCAGCUUCACGAUGUGCAAACUUUGGCCAUGCUGUGCAGCGUUUUUGAGGCCCAGUCCAGGCCGCAGGGAGCCCUCAGCCCCGCCGGACUCCUCCCUCCCCGCCCCGCCAGCCACAGCCGAUACCCCAGCUUCACUUCCUCUGGCUCUUGUUCCAGCAUGUCGGACCCUGGACUCAGCACCAGUAGCUGGAACCUAACCGGCAAGGAGGCUGACCACCCCCUGGCCUGGUGCGAAUCUUCACCCGAUGACCUCCGGUUUGGGAAUUUAGCCUACGCGGAUCACCGGGAUCGGGAGAAGGAUCAGCACGACAGGAACAAAAGGCUUCUGGAUCCAGCCAACACCCAGCAGUUUGAUGACUUCAAGAAGUGCUACGGAGAGAUCCUUUAUCGCUGGGGCCUGAGGGAGAAGCGGGCGGAAGUCCUCAAGUUUGUCUCUUGCCCGCCUGAGCCUCACAAGGGGAUUGAGUUUGGCGUCUACUGCAGCUACUGCCGCCACGAGGUGCGGGGGGUCCAGUGCGCCAACUGCAAAGGCAUCGCGUUCCAGUGCGCCAUCUGCCACGUGGCCGUGCGAGGCUCCUCCAACUUCUGCCUGACCUGUGGGCACGGCGGGCACACCAGCCACAUGAUGGAGUGGUUCCGCACCCAGGAGGUCUGCCCCACCGGCUGCGGCUGCCACUGUCUGCUGGAGAGCACCUUCUGACUGGAGUGGGAGGGUGGGUAGGAUCCGGAAGAGACGAUGCAUGGGCUGCCUUGAGUUGUUUGGGAGAAACAAAGAAGCCCUACUAAAGCCUCCGAGGGUGUUUCUGAGAUGGGGGUCGGUCUUGGGGGCAGCCGGCGGUGUUCUGCACUCCCUGCCGGAGGUUGCUUUGGGUGGCGGUGAUUCCAGAAGGAUCUGAGGGGCUGCUCAAGGCCCCCCCCCCGGUUCAGCAGGGUUUUUUUCCCCAGGUACAAAGAAAGAGACUUUUGUAUGCAGGUGACAAUCAUGGGGGGCUUGGGAAGCCGGAAUCGUUGAGCCAAGCAGAGGAUGCCUGCCUUAAUGCCUGGAGCUGGAGGCACGAGGCCGGAUCCUUAAGCAGCGUCUGGGAGAGGCUUGAGAAAUUACACACCAAGCUGGGAUGGGGUUGCACUGAUUCCCACCCCCACCCCGCCUUUCCUUCGUGUCAUGGCCCGUCUUGGGCCUCAGAAUUCUCGGCAUUGCACACACAGAUCAAAACCCAACAGUACUUCCUGCUGGAAGACCAGGGAGGACCUCAGUUUUUUGAAGGCUCAGCAUAUUGGAGGGAGCAGAGUGGAGCCUGGACUUUGCCCUAAGUAUGAGAAGAGGAGAUUCGGAUCUAUCACCCAGCUUCCUCCUUUGGUAGAGGCUCUGAAAAAGCUCAGUUUACGCAGGCAGAGGGAUCAAGAGGAUCUUGUUCCAUUUUAAAACAAGGCCAUGAUUUCUGGCCAUGGCUCGGUGUCUCUGCUUGAGUGUUUACUUGAGUGAAGGCUCAUUGUGCCAAGGUGUGUCUGUUACUGGACUUCAGCCGGCUGGCUUCUCCUGUGAUGGUGAGACUCAUAAAGCAGUAUUUUUCAUGCUGAGGUGCAUUCCAGCCCAGAGGUCAUGAGCCAGGGAAGAGUCCCCUCUCCCGGCCAGGUUAUAAGCACCAUUGUGGGUGCAAGGGGGGGGGGAGUCUGAGCCGAGGUCUCCUCCUUGGGGCUCAUCCCUUCGAACAGGUGGAUCCAGACUAGCUGAGCUCAUGAAGAGCGGCCGGGGUGGGGGCACUUUCCUGCACUGUUACUUGGAGCCCUUGAGUUUGGCAGAAAUGUAUUUGUUUAUUUUGUGUAAUAAAACAAGAACCUUUUA